UGGGCGAGGUGGACUCACGAUUAAGCUUCCAAGGAGGGACGAAGACGGACAGGGUGAAGGUGAAGGAGACGGUCUAGAGGACAUCGGAGAGGAAGGCCAGGCUCUUGAAGCGGAAGAGCGCGAAAUCAUGGGCGGUGGAAAGCCUUUCAAAAAGAUACAAGGAAAAAUAUAUAUUAUCGAUAAUGACGAGAUCGUCACAGAAGAUGACCCCAAGGGCGAUACGAAAAUCGACGUGAAUGGCAAUUUAUUGGGAGGACGUCGAUUCAAAGCACAGACAUUUAGUCUUCCAGGUCGCCAUCCCGAUCGACUAUACAUGUUAGCUAUCGAUGCUGCUCGGUCUUCUGGCUUUCGCGAUUCUCUGUACUACUUCCGUCGAAAUCUGCUUGCGCUCAAGCUCAAUGCUACACAACCAGAGAAGGAAUACCUCAUCGAGGCAGGAAAACUAGGCUCACAUUUACGUACGAGAAGCGUCACCCUCAUCACUGCCAGAAGUGCAUACAAGCUACACGGCGCGAAGAUGAUUCUAGAGGGCAAAUGGAUCGACGACGAUUACUACGAAGAAAAAGUACUGCAAGAAAUCACAGAGAGGGGUCUUAAACCUGGUGAUCUGGUGGGCGACUUGACAGAACCCCAAACCAACACCAACGAGGCUGCUACGCUCGCUGCGACUAUGCAAGCGAAGGUUGACCGAGGUGGUGGACUGGGUAUAUAUCGUGCAGGAGGACCUACGACGAUAUUCGGUGGCUCAGGCUGGGGGCCGUAUAGCGAUGGUCCGCUGAAUGCGGUACGAAAGUCGGUCCUGAAUAGGGAUGGACUCAACGAGGAGAACUGGAUGCUCAUCGCUGCCCAGAGAACGCUGGAGGCCAGCGAGGAGUGGGCAAAGAUAAGGAAAGAAACUCUCAAGGUGUGCGGAGGAAUUUUGGCAGAGACUCUGGGUAAAGGCAAGGAAAAGCAGAAGCCUGAUGAUGAUGGAAACGGAAACAAGACCUCUAAGAGGGCUGCGACUGAAGAGACUGAGGGGGAAAGGAAGAAGAAGAGAGUGCGAAGCGACGAAGAUGACUUGCCUAUGGGCAUCUACGAACCUCACUCUGGGAUAGUGCACUAUCGCGGAGACACGCAGCCAUCUCGAUGUCGCUGGGAAGCUCUUCCUGAUUCUUCUGAGAAACGACGUGUGCUAGGCGGUACCAAGGCUGGCAAUGGUGCAUGGGCACUUGCAUGGAUAGACACAGUGAUGGAAGUAUCGACCAUCGACGAAUCUGGACCCAGUGCCAAAGAGAGGAACGAGGCUUUGGCCUCCAUAGACGGUGAAUUAACAUAGCACUAAUAUUUCUCAUAAUUUAUUAGUUUCAGUGUGAGUACUAGACCACCUCUUCUUCCGUUGACAUAGAACGCCCCCUUGUCUGUAUUUCUAAUGAUAUGCGCAGUGUAUUCUAGGAUGUCUGUUUCCAAUCAUAAGAUGGUUCAGACUCGAGGUUGGUCACAAGCCCAGAGCAGCUGGAUCGUUUAUAAGU